GAAAUGCAUCUGCAGACCCUGAAGGCGUUUGUGGGCCUGCAUGAGUUCUCAGACCUGAAUCUGGUGCAAGCGCUGAGGCAGUUUCUGUGGAGCUUUCGUCUCCCGGGAGAAUCGCAGAAGAUCGACAGGAUGAUGGAGGCGUUCGCGACUCGCUACUGCGACUGUAACCCCGGGGUCUUCCAGUCCACGGACACGUGCUACAUCCUGUCCUUCUCCAUCAUCAUGCUCAACACAAGUCUCCACAACCCGAACGUGAAGGACAAGCCCAGUCUGCAGCGCUUUGUGUCCAUGAACAGAGGAAUCAACCACGGGAAGGACCUGCCCACCCAGCUGCUCACGAAGCUGUUCGGCAGCAUCCGCAGCGAGCCGUUCACGCUGCCGCAGGACGACGGCAACGACCUCACGCUGACCUUCUUCAGCCCGGACCGCGAGGGCUGGCUCCUCAAGAUGGGUGGUCGAGUUAGGACCUGGAAGAGGAGGUGGUUCAUCCUGACUGACAGCUGCUUGUAUUACUUUGAAUUCACAACCGAUAAAGACCCCAUUGGGAUCAUUCCUCUGGAGAACUUGUGCGUCCGGAAGCUUCAGGACGCCAGCAAACCGUAUUGUCUGCAGCUGUAUCGCCCCGGAGGACAGAAGGUCAAGGCGUGUAAGACGGAGCCCUGCGGCCGCGUGGUGCCGGGUCAGCACCAGUCCUACACGCUGAGCGCCGCCGCCGGCGAGGAGCGCGACGCCUGGAUCCGCGCCAUCCGGGCGAGUAUCACCAGAGACCCGUUCUACGACCUGGUGUCGGUACGCAAGAGGAAGGUCAUCAGCCACGUGACCUCGUAGCGUUCGGGUCCUGGACCUCGAGUUGUUGUGGAUCGGGCUUCGUCCUUCCGGCUAACAUCUGCAACAUGUCACCCCUGGAGUCUGAUUGGCUGCUCCUGAUGGUCAUGGUCCAGGUCCAGGUCCAGGUCCAGGUCCAGCAUCAAGUGGCUGUUAACAUUUGCUGUGGAAGAGAAGUGCAGAACCACCUCAAAAUAACUACAAAGAGACGUAAACACCCACAAAGAAGCACAGAAGGACUAAAACAAGAUUUAAAAUGACUAAAUAAGAAUAAAGUGACCACGAGGUUCCACAACGUGACCCAAAGUGACCCAAAGUGAUACAAACUGACCACAAAGUGACUCAAAGUGACUCAAAGUGACCACAAAGUGAUACAAACUGACCACAAAGUGACUCAAAGUGACCCAAAGUGACCAAAGUGACCCAAAGUGACUCAAAGUGACC